UGCCAGACAAAAUCUAUAAAACGGGCAUAAAUGCUUUUAUUUAGAACCAUUGAUCGAAAUAAGUCGAUGAGAACAUGUCGAGAAUUCUGCUUAGCUCGUUGGUUCUGAUUCUGAUUGCCAACUUGGCGAUGUCGGGACUGGUACCGAGUGUUUCUCUUAAUGGCGUUGAGAUCCAGCCAAUUGGUUAUAAUAAAUACCAGCUAAGAAUUAAACAUUCAGAUGGAUCUAUACUGGAAGAAACUGUGGAAAAGACCAACGCCAACCAAUAUGAAGUGAGGGGCCAGCUAAGCCAGCCACAAUUUAGCCCAUUUGGCAGACUAUUCCUUACCCACAAAGCAGCUGCUGAUAAAAGUGACUCCAAGGCAUAUGGCACAUAUCAGUAUGUUCAGCCAGUAAAAGAUCAGGGGAGAGAAGCGCAAAAGUCCGAUUCAGAUUAAACGUCUGCACAGCUUACAUAAUAAAUUGUUUAAAAGCCUUGCGAUAAAUCUUGUAGGCAAUAAAAUAUAAUGCAGAAUUCCUAAUAACUUA